AUGUGGUGGGUAUUUGCCCUGCUUUUGAGGCCUAAGAAGGACCACAAAUUCAGAUUAUACUGGAACAUCUACCACUAUGUGGUCGGAUACACCGUCAUCAUCCUCACCAUCAUCAACAUCUUCGAAGGUUUCGACAUCUUGAAACCCGCCAAGAAAUGGAAGAAUGCCUACAUCGGAGUUCUCAUAUUUCUGGGCGUCGUCGCCACUCUGUUGGAGGCCUUUACAUGGUACAUUGUGUUGAUGAGGAAGAAGAAGGCAGGGUCCGAUAAGCAUGCCCAUGUUGGCAAUGGAGUAAACGGGUACCAUACUAGGACACAGCAGGCAGCAUAG